UUUUUGUCUUGAAUACCUCUGGCCAUCGCACUAGGAAGCCGGUGGCAGUGUAGGAGUUUGGUGGCUUCCUCUGGCCUCAAAUUGUGAAACUCUUGGGCUAAUCAGCUUCCACGGUCAAUAGUUUAAUGAGUAUUAAAGGUGACUCCUCUGUCUACCAGUAGAGCAAGAGUGGUAACCAAAAUCACAGUCAUACAAGUUCAUUUCAGUUGAGCUGUCCAAACUGAAAUAAAUACUCAUAAAUAAAAACAUUGAACUAAUGGUUUACUGAACUACAAGAGCAGAAGGUUGAUACAUGUAACUCUUUGCGUAUGAAGAAAUCUUUCUUCUCAGAGAAGGAUCUAGAUUGGUUGUGGAACUUUGUUUAAGAACGGUGAUGUGCAGACAGAGUUAAAGCUGACUCUGAAGCCAGACCAUGUAGGGGCUUCACACCUGGCACUGGCAUGUGCUGUAUCUUCUAGGGUUUAGUUCAUUGUCUUCCAGUGUUAGUCUUGCCAGAGGCUCAGUCCAGCUUUUAAUGCUGUCUGCGCCAGCAGUCUGGGUCCUGACCUGACAAGUAUUGGUGUUGGUUCUGCUUUUCUCUAGCACUUCAGCCCUGUUCUUCUCUCAGUAACAGACAGUCAGUUACGUGGUCUGCAUAAACCAUUUCAUGCAACUAAGCUCUUAUGUAUGAAAAAUUAAAUUUUUUGCAAUGACUUCAGGUAGUAAAGAUUUAAGGCCUGUGAUCUAUGUUUUUUAUGUUGGCUUUGUUUCUGGUCUAAAAGUGUAAACAUUUUCCAAGGUGUGGCUGAAUUCAUAAUUUGAUUCCUCAGCGUUAGUUCAUACCUCUGUCAUUGUUUAAAAGGAAAUGCCAGAUGCUCUUAUGAUUUGUAAGUAGAUAUUGUCCUCCUGUAGAUAUAUGUGCAGUCCCCAUCACAGAAAUUCACAGUGCUUUACCAUGUCCCUGUUCCAGUGUGUGGUACCACAUUGUUCUGUGUAAGUACCUCAUCUUGCAGUAUAGUGGAGUGCCAGCUUUCAUGAGCCACUCGAAACAAGGAGAGAGAGGGUCAGGAUUAAGGGCUGUGAAAUUUGUGUGUACUUCUGAUUCAGAUUCCAGAAUCUGUUAUGCCCAGGGAGUAGCAGCUCUUAAUUUUGCCUGCAGACUUCACACCUGACCUCAGGUGAGCUUUACAUAUCCCACAGAGUGCUGACUAGUCCAGAAAUUUUUGCAGAUUUCAUGAAACUCGUACUUCUUUUAGGAGUUGUUUGUAAGAGGAGCUCAAGUAUUACUGAGGGAGUAGGGGGAGGUGUGGUUACACAGGAUAAAUUUGGGAAGUCAGCAGUAGCCAGAGGAAAACACACUAGUUUCAGCUCAUUAGUUGUGCUAAAGUUGUAAGAAGAUGUGUAGUCAGCUCUUUCCUCUUUUAUUUUGGUAAGUCAUGAACUAUGCUGUAGUUACAAAACCUGAAUAUGAGUUAAAAUUUCCCUGUGAUGGAAAUGUCAAGGUGCACAUGCAGCUCUAGAUAUUUAGCUCAUUAGUUAAUCCUGUAGGAAUCUGGGCCGACGGGAACGUACAGCUCAUUUUAAGCAGGCUGCUUUUUGUGUGAGCUGGGAUGAAGAGGAAUCCUCCGUGAGUAUAGGAAUUUAGAGUAAACAGUGGACAUACCUGCAUUCAGUACAGAGCUAUUGCACAGCAUGUGCAUAAAUGAUUUGUUGCAACAUUGGAGCUCAGUGGAGGUCAGCCAAGAAUGAAGUCAUUGGGAAUGAAGCUGGGAUAGAGCUGCAAGGUGUUGCUGAACCUGUUAUUUAGAAGGUGAAGUGCCCUGCAGAAGCUGAUGCUUGGGUGUGUCCUUUGGUUAACACCCGUCACCUGUUGCAUCAUGGAGGUGACCCAGUGACAACAAUGGGUCCUUCUGGAAAGAAGUGCAGAAAUCCUCAGAAGAGCAUUAGUUGAAAUGGAACCAUCACACUCAGAAACAUCCCAGGGAAAGAAGUUAAAAUGAUGGUCUGUUUGGGUUGGCAAAUGCACCCAGACUGGUCUUAGAACAUCUGAGGUGUUUCAAAUGCCAAGCUGAGGCAUUUAAAGUGUCUUAGAAAUGCAGUGUGGAGCUCAAGCAACAGCUGCAACUCUUGGCAAAGCUUUGCCACAGGAUUUUAUGAAAACUCUUUGUGAUGUCAUUCUUAUGGUUCAAGAAAGAAAGAUCCCAGCUCACCGUGUUGUGCUUGCUUCAGCCAGUCAUUUUUUUAACUUGAUGUUUACUACAAAUAUGAUUGAAUCCAAGUCCUUUGAAGUGGAGCUAAAAGAUGCAGAACCUGACAUUAUUGAACAGCUCGUGGAAUUUGCUUAUACUGCAAGAAUCUCAGUUAACAGCAAUAAUGUCCAGUCUUUACUAGAUGCAGCAAACCAGUAUCAGAUUGAACCUGUGAAAAAAAUGUGUGUGGACUUUUUAAAAGAACAAGUUGAUGCUUCCAAUUGUCUUGGCAUAAGUGUGCUAGCAGAAUGCCUAGACUGCCCAGAACUGAAAGCCACUGCAGAUGACUUCAUCCAUCAGCAUUUCACUGAGGUUUACAAGACAGAUGAGUUUCUUCAGCUUGAUGUUAAGCGAGUGACACAUCUCCUGAACCAAGAUACAUUGACAGUGAGGGCAGAAGACCAGGUUUAUGAUGCAGCAGUCAGAUGGCUGAAGUAUGAUGAGCCAAAUCGCCAGCCGUACAUGGUUGAUAUUCUUGCCAAAGUCCGAUUUCCUCUAAUAUCAAAGAACUUCUUAAGUAAAACUGUUCAGGCUGAACCACUUAUUCAGGAUAACCCAGAAUGCCUUAAAAUGGUGAUCAGUGGGAUGCGGUACCACCUCCUUUCCCCGGAAGACCGAGAAGAGUUAGUGGAAGGUACCCGACCAAGAAGAAAAAAACAUGAUUAUCGCAUUGCUUUGUUUGGAGGCUCUCAGCCCCAGUCCUGCAGAUAUUUUAAUCCCAAGGAUUACAGCUGGACAGACAUCCGAUGUCCCUUUGAAAAGCGCAGGGAUGCAGCUUGUGUCUUCUGGGACAACGUAGUUUAUAUUUUGGGUGGUUCCCAGCUCUUCCCUAUAAAGCGAAUGGACUGCUACAAUGUGGUGAAGGAUAGCUGGUAUUCCAAGCUAGGACCUCCAACACCUCGAGAUAGCCUUGCAGCCUGUGCUGCUGAGGGCAAAAUUUAUACAUCUGGUGGUUCAGAAGUGGGCAAUUCUGCACUGUAUUUAUUUGAGUGCUAUGACACGAGAACAGAGAGCUGGCACACAAAGCCCAGCAUGCUGACUCAGCGCUGCAGCCAUGGAAUGGUGGAGGCGAAUGGGCUCAUUUAUGUAUGCGGAGGGAGCCUGGGAAACAAUGUUUCCGGAAGAGUCCUGAAUUCCUGUGAAGUUUAUGACCCAGCCACAGAAACGUGGACUGAACUGUGUCCAAUGAUUGAAGCCAGAAAGAAUCAUGGUCUGGUGUUUGUAAAGGACAAAAUAUUUGCUGUGGGUGGACAAAAUAGUUUAGGUGGCCUUGAUAAUGUAGAAUAUUACGAUAUCAAGAUGAAUGAAUGGAAGAUGGUGUCUCCAAUGCCAUGGAAAGGUGUAACAGUGAAGUGUGCUGCUGUGGGAUCUAUAGUCUAUGUCCUGGCUGGUUUUCAGGGUGUUGGUCGCUUAGGGCACAUUCUUGAAUAUAACACUGAAACAGACAAGUGGACAGCCAACUCCAAAGUCCGUGCUUUCCCAGUGACAAGUUGUUUAAUCUGUGUUGUAGACACUUGUGGGGCAAAUGAAGAAACUCUAGAGAUCUGAAGACUGUAGGAGACGCUGAGGCAUUCUUCAAGGACUUGGGAAAAGAUGGUUAUUGGUGCUUUGCUUCCAUGUUUUACUGAAUCAUGUUAAAUUUAGUAACAGGAAAAAAAAUGAGAUGCAGUCUUUCAAUUUGUAUAUACAGCAUAUUGUAUAACGUGGAUUUUGUCAUGCCCAUUUUCUUGUCUGUUUUAAAGAGAUGGGGAUGUGUUUUGAGAAUCCACUUACCUAGGUGAUAUCAUGUGGCAUCUUCCUUUGAAAGAACUGUGAGUGUGGCCUUGUCAAACAGAGACCCAAUCCAAAUAUGUAGAAUGCCUCUAAAGCAUUUGAUAAAGAAAAAAUUCUGGUUAAAUGGCAUUUUACCAAGAUCAGUUGCAGAGACACUUCCUUUAAUGAAGGUGAGUAAAUACAGCUUGGCUCAUGAGAAAGAGGAACAACAGUUUUUUCUCCUUCAUACCUACCUGCAGAAAUCUUACUGGGAUGAAAUGAAGAUAUUUUCUCAGGAAAGACCAAGGACUGCUGUCUAAUAAAGAUUCCCAAUGUUUCAACAGCUCUCUAGGUCAUGAUAGCUGCCCUCUUCCACUGAGUUUCUUCCAUCAUUUGCAUGACUGCUUGUCAGUUCUUUAAGGUUAGAGAGGCCAUACAUAAAAAUUAGAGAAACACUUUGAUGGUCUCUUUGGCAUUUUGUGGAGCCUUCACAGAAAGACUUUUUGAUUUUAUUUUUUUUAAUUACACUGAGGUAGGGAAUGGUGGGGCAAGUCGACGACAAUUGUGCACUAUAAUUAGCAAGUUGGAAACUUGGAAAGAAUUUUUAAUCUAUCUUCCCAGGCAUCAGACUGUACAUACUGUAGAUGCCAAACCAUUAGCAAACAUGGGAACAGGAGCGAGAAAAGCAAAGUCAAUACAACAGAUAUACUGAUUUUCUUCUUGAAAAUUACUGUUUUUAAAAUGGCAUGAACCAAGUCAUUAAAGAUACUUUACAGAA